UUUGGAACACUUCAGUUCAUCUCCAUCAGGUAGUCCUAAGACUCGCGUUUGCUCUUUCUCUAUCACUCUUCCCUUUCUUUUGCAAAGAAAGCUUGCUCCUCAACAGUCAGGUCUUCUCGUUGGUCAAACUUGUAUCUCACAAGUGACUUUUUGGUCUCUUUUCUUUUGCCAUCCCAACCUUCUUUGUAACGCCAUCAAUAUGACCCCUUUGAGAAAGCGUGAUAUCCAUCAACCGGCACUACAAUCAGCUUCUUGCCCUGUUCCAUCAAAAUCAAGCUCCACUGAUCCAGCCACCGAUUAUGUCACAUCGAGCACCUCAGCCGCAGAGCUUCAAUCUAGAAUUGAAGCAGCUGUGCACAAAAUGGAACAAGCACAUAAGGACCUGCAAAGGCCCCGCCCAAAGGGAUUUUGGAGCAAGCUCUUUGAAAAAAUAAAGGGCUGCCUUCAGAAGCUUUUUGGUCGAUGUGCUCCUCAAGUGUGCAGCUCAGAACCUCCAAACCCUUGUGGUGAUGAGCAAAGCUUAACUGCCAUUCUUCGACGCCGCACCUUUGAAGGCAUCAACCUUAGCCUUCCGAAAGUUCAAGCCCUCACAGGAGAUGGCAGGAUCCCCCGAAAACCUAGCCUUUUCCAGGAAGAACUUAGUGCCGAAUUAGUGAAGGAGAGACAGCACCACUGCCGCUCCACCCUUGGCUCUAGAGACUAUGCAAGCUUCGUUCUCACCGGCAAGCUAGACGAAACCCUGGACGAGACCAACGAACCGAUUUACCAAGGCAGUCAGUUCAAUUCUAGUAAACCUCACUUUGAAGAGCUACUUUCUGAACUCUCUUCCGAACCGUCAGAGUCAAUUAAGCGGCCAUUCUCGAUAGAAUCAGACCUUCAAGAAAACUGGGAUUCUCACCGGAUUCCUGGUGCCGAACCGCGAUCACGAAGGCUCUCCAGCUUCUUCGAGAGUAUAAGGGCAAGCUCCCCCUUGGGCCGGGUUGGCUCAAACCCUAAGACUCCAAGCAGCCCUAAGGGGGAGUACAAAGCUGUUCCUAGCACUUCUGCAUCCGACGAAGGAAGCCUAGCAUUUAAUGAACAGUGAUCUGCUUCGCCAUAUCACCUAAGCAAUGCUUGAUAGGAAGGGGGUGCACGCCUUCAUAAAUUUGCAAGAGAGAAGCUGUGGUUUUCUUUUUCUCUUUUUUUUCUUUUUCCUUUCUUUUUGCGUGCAUUACAAGGGUGCUUUUGGGUUCUGAGUAAACAAGUCUUGUUGAUAC